AUGGUUUGGCCAAUUGUUGCAAGUUUAGUUGGGGCUUUGGCUUUCACUUCAGCCCGAGCUGCGUGCCGUGCAUACGGUCGUCUUAAAGCCAUGCCACCUGAAGCUUUCUACGGAAACUUCAAUAGCUAUGGUGGAAAGUCAGCUCAUGACAAGUACAACCGGCCCUUUUACGAGGGUGGAUUUGAUGCCCAAAUGACAGUAUCAGAAGCCCUUGAUAUAUUGGGCAUGACUGGCGAAGCUGAGUUGACCAAGAGGGCGAUUCGCACAAAUCACAGAAGAGUCAUGCUUCAAAAUCAUCCAGACAAAGGUGGUUCUCCAUAUCUAGCGACUAAGAUCAACGAAGCUCGCGAAGUGUUAGAUAAAGUGGCGACCCGACGAUCUUUAUUAUCAAGAAAAACUGAUCUUGUAUAUUUAAUAUACUUUGUUCAGCAUGCCGUAGUCACUUUGCUCAUUGACUCAACUGUUAUUAUUCCUUCGCAGUAUCAAUUGGGAAUCCAGUCUUCACUGGCCAACUUUCAUAUCAAAUCCAAUAAUGAUGUUCUUCUCGAGUCUCCGCCUACUUGGUUAAAAUCAUACGUUUGGUUAGAAGUUUUAUUUCAACUUCCACUUUUUAUCGUGGGCCCGUACUAUUUGUACAAGGACUCGAAAAAAGUUUACAUUCCUAUGCUGGUCUAUGCAGUUGAAGCUGCAACAACCACCUUUGCUUGCAUGAUUGAAAUUUUGGGAGUAAACAAUCUGACUUUUGCUGAAAAAAUGAAUCUUCAGCUACUUUAUGGUCCUAUUAUAGUUGUUGCUUUAUGGAUGGCUGUCGAUAUGAGUCUGAGAAUUAAUAGGUGGAUCCCCAGUGACGACUUGUUUUCAAAGUCUAAAUAA